AUGGCGUCCUUCAGCAGGGCCCGGGUGUUUCCGAGGAUACCCUCGCCGGGCUCGAAGGCGUCGAAGAGCCCGCGGCAGCGAGGGGCGUUCGGCGCGGUUGCCGUGGCGAUGAUCCUGGCCGCGCUCGCCGCCCUGCUGUCUCGGAAGGCAGCUGACCAUGAUCACAGCACCCCCGGUACGGACUCUUCUGCAAGAAUUCUAAUAAUGACCAGCGCGACGGGAGGUGGGCAUGGAGCUGCCGCGGCGGCGAUCAAACACGGUCUCGAAGCCCUCGACCCAAGCAUGGGCCACUUUGACGUGAGGGUGCAGGACAUGUUUGCUGACCACUGCCCCUGGCCUGUCAGCGAGUUCCCUGGCGCGUACAAGUUCCUCAUGAAAAACCCAUGGAUGUGGCGUGCUAUCUAUUACGGCAGCCAGCACGGUACUGGGCAGCUGAUGAGAGCGAUCACUUUCUUUGUGCAGCCUCGUGCCCGUCAAGAGAUCUUGGACCGCGAGCCCGAUGUCAUCGUGUCGGUCCAUCCCAUGAUGCAGCACAUACCGAUCAAGAUGCUCAGCCACGCGGGCCGCCCGCCCUGCCAGCCAGAGGACGUGGACGACGGCGUCGAAGCGAACCCGCAGCCCUGCACGCCGUUCGUGACGGUGGUGACCGACACCGAGACAGGAUCGUGUUUUGUUUAUUGCUUGGGGCAUCAUGGGCAUUAUAGCCCCCGACACCCCCCCUAUAGCGUAACGCCCCUCCCCCCCCCCAGUGCGCUCUGGGCACUGCCGCCGUGCGCAUCGGGCACACGGCGGGGGGGAGGUGUUACAUUAUACCCCCCCGCCGGCUCCCUCCCCCCCCUUUUACAAUGCCCAUUAUCGCCGAAAACAAAGAAACGCGCUCCAGGCUCGAAUCUGUGGUUCCCCUUGUGA